AUGAAAGCAUUAGCAAGACUUGUUCUGGGGCUUAUCAUCUUCGAUGCUGCUGUGACUGCUCCAACUUUAGAGACCAUCAACUAUGACUCAGAAACUUAUGACGCCACCUUGGAAGACCUGGAUAAUUUAUACAACUAUGAAAACAUGCCUAUUGGUCAAGCCGAGAUUGAAAUAGCGACAAUGAUGCCUUCAGGGAACAGAGAGCUCCUCACCCCACCCCCACAGCCAGAGGAGGCUGAAGAGGAAGAGGAGGAGGAGUCGACCCCCAGACUAAUUGAUGGUUCUUCCCCCCAGGAGCCUGAAUUCACCAGGGUUCUGGGCCCACACACCAGUGAAGAUUUCCCAACUUGCCUUCUGUGUACCUGUAUAAGUACCACUGUAUACUGUGAUGACCAUGAACUUGAUGCUAUUCCUCCACUGCCCAAGAACACUGCUUAUUUCUAUUCCCGCUUUAACAGAAUUAAAAAGAUCAACAGAAAUGACUUUGCAAGCCUAAGUGAUUUAAGGAAGAUUGAUCUGACAUCAAAUUUAAUAUCUGAGAUUGAUGAAGAUGCAUUCAAAAAGCUGCCUCAGCUCCGGGAGCUAGUCCUACGUGACAAUAAAAUACGGCAACUCCCCGAGUUGCCAAGCACUCUGACGUUCAUUGAUGUCAGCAACAACAGGCUUGGAAGGAAAGGCAUAAAGCAAGAAGCAUUUAAAGAUAUGUAUGACCUCCAUCACCUCUACCUCACAGAUAACAACUUGGACCACAUCCCUCUGCCACUCCCAGAAAACUUACGGGCCCUUCAUCUCCAGAAUAACAACAUUCUGGAGAUGCACGAAGAUACUUUCUGCGACAUUAAAAACUUGACUUACAUUCGUAAGGCACUAGAAGAUAUCCGAUUGGAUGGAAACCCCAUCAAUCUGAGCAAAACUCCUCAAGCAUACAUGUGCCUACCUCGUUUGCCGAUUGGGAGCCUUGUCUAAAUCAGACAAUGAUUAGCUUUAUGAUGCCUACUACAGCGAAGCAAUUCUUACUGCUCUCUUCACAAACAAAACUCAGCAUGAUACUACUUUCACAUUGUGUUCGGAAAGGUGAUAUUGUUACAUAAAGUACAACUCAAAGUUUUAAAAUAUGAUGGCAGUUAGGUAAUCUUAGAAAACACCACACAUCAGGAGUAAAUCAAAAGGUGUACAGCUAGUGCAAAACUGAAUGAUAGAAAAUAUUUCCUAGAUAUUUCUAUAAAUCACAUGUAAUUUGCAAGUUUUAGGGAUUCGUAUUCUCUGUAACUUCAAAUUAAGCAUAUAAGAAACAGAAAUUUAAAAUGAACACUUUAGGAUUAUUACCAAGAUUUAGAUGUUUUUAAUUAAACUUUCCUAUUUCUUUUUUUUCCCCCCACAAGUGCAUGUUUCUAUUUCCAAAUCCAUUGAGGAAAAUAAUAAAAGUAUUUAAAAACUA